AUGUUGUUGUCAACAAUUCACAAGGGUGACCAAUCAUUUAGCCAGCCACAUCGGAGCUUAAAUUGUGAUGUGGCUGAUGGAGUAGAAAAUGAGCAGAGACAUGUUAAUCAAGUGGUGAGAAGAGGCCAUCAUAGAAGUUUGUCCAACACCAACAAUCUAUUAAAAACAUUAGAAGAUAACACAAAUACAAUAGAAACAGAAAUAACAACAGCCAACACAUUGGGUUUUAUGGAACGUCCUGUUAAAUUACCACUACGCAAAUAUCAUAGUUUUCAUUUUCAGCCCACACAAACCGUGGCUGGCCAGCAAAUGUGUAAACUGCAGCAACUCAGACUACAGCAGCAACAAAAUUCUUUAGAAUCCCAAGAUUCUUCACCAGAAAUUACCGCUACUCAACCUUAUGCUAAGCAGGGUCCUUUAGUAUUUCGUCCUUAUAAAAUAGAUGAGAGUGUUACCUUUAAGCCCAUACAGCCUUCGGAGGAGAGUGAGGAUUCCAUAGACUAUGUUAGGGAAUAUGUGGGUACGGUGGAGAAGUUCUUAAAAGAUGAGGAAAAAUAUAUGGAUUCAGGAGAUUUUACAAAUUUAACACAACGUUUGAAACAGCAACAAGAUUUUCUGAAUGCUAACAAUUCGCCUCAUAGUUCCGGAAGAGAGGAUAGUAGAGUUAUGAGUCACAGAGAAUUAAAAGAGAGUACUUUAACAGACUCUGAGCCAAAUUCUUUGUAUGAGGAUUUAACUUUUCAAUCACAAGCUCAGCAAGGUUCUGCGAAUAGAUCGAAUACUUUGAAAGAACCUGUUGAAAAAUCUCAACAUUUUAUUAAUUCUCCCAGGGCUGUUAAUUUAUUAAAGAGUGUGAUUGAGACUGAUUCUCCAGAACAUCUUAAGGUUAGUUUGUCUGAUAUUCCAGAAAAAGCCCAACAAUUUAUGCAUUCCCCCAGGGCUCUUAAUUUACUAAAGACUGUUAUAGAGACCGAUGAUUUUCAAAGUGAUGAGGAACAAGAAGAUGAUGCAAUGUCCAGACGUUGUGAACAAUCUUUUAGUAACAAAGAAUAUAAAGUCUCCUGUGUCAAAAGAUUAAAUCAGCAGUUUGAAAAUUCAUCUGGAAGUCCCUUAAAUAAGUGUAUUCGUAAGAAUAGCCUAAAGUCUCCCAGCUCUCCAAAACUCUCUUGUAUAUCUAGUUACUCGGUAGAUUCUGUAGAUAGUGGCAUUAAUAGCCAAGUUUAUAGAGAUAUUUCAAGCAGUUGUGCAAGAAAUGAUAGUGUUAAAUCUACAAGCUCUUCAAAAGUCUCCACUUUAUGUAGAACCAAACAGAAUUCUUUAGAAAAUGAGGAGAGUAAAAAUCUGAAUUCAAGAAGUUGUGCAAGAAAUGAUAGUGUUAAGUCCACAAGCUCUUUAAAAGUCUCCACUUUAUCCAGAACCAAACUAAAUUCUUUAGAUAAUGAGGAGUGUAAAGAUAUGAAUCGAACUGCUAUUCAAAACACACCAAGCUCUCCAAAAGUUUCCACUUUAGCUGAAUUUACCUUAGAUUCAGAAAAUAACACAGUUUUGAAUGCAAAUAGCAAUAGAGGUAUUCCAGAAGAUUUUUGUAAGUCUACAAACUCUCCAAAGGUCUCCACUCUAGAGAAAUUCUCCAGAAAUUCUGAUUAUUAUAGUUCAACUAUAAAAGAAAACAAAAAUCCUCAAAACGUAAAUACCCAACCUACAAGCUCUACAAAAAUUUUCAAUUUAAGCAAAUUCUCCAAAAAUAUGCCAGAAGAUUUUCAUAACACUUCCAAAUCUUCUCAAGAAACUCCUAUAAAUUCUACCAAACACUCCACUUUAUGUAGAAAAAAUCCAAGUAAAGAAAAAUUCCAGGGAAUUAAUAUAGAUAAGCAGACAAACUCUCCCAAAAGAACUAACUCCUAUUUAUGCAAAAAAUCUCUACAAUUUUCUUUAGAUAAUAGUAAACUCAAAGAAAACACUGAACAAACUCUUGACCCGCUAAACUCCACAGCUAAUGUUUUAACCGAAAAAGAUUUAGCCAAUGUUUUUAAACCUUAUAAACAACAAGAAACCAUAAGACAUGUUAAAGAAACAGAGGCCUUAAGCCAAUUAGACUCCUUAAGACCAAUUUCUACAGCUCUUAAUCCGGCAGCUUCUUUGGAAGCCUUAGAAAUGUUAACUAAAUCCAAUCCGGAAUUAUGGACCAGCAAUCAGGCUGGCAGUAGACAUAAUUUGCAUCAGCUAGAACUCUUUCACUCAUUGCAUCAACAAACCGAAAACCAAAACUCUAAUAAAUCUCAACAGCCACAAGAUGAUGAAGAAGACUUGGGCUAUUCUUUCUGUGAAGAUGAAAACGAUGAUGAAGAGGAGGAGGAGGAAAAUCAAAAACCUCCUCCUUCGCCCAAUGUUACAGUUAUUAUGGCAGCCAAUAGUCAGACAGCCAGCCAAGUUAAAUAUGUUUUGACCCAAAAUCAUCGUGAGGUACACAUUUAGUUUAAACGAACAAAAAUAUAAAUAAAUAUAAACUUUUUAUUAAUUGUAAAUAGACUUUAAUCUUAAAACAUAAAAGCAAAACCAAAAUCUAAGAAAGCCUUGGCUUAAAAAACCACAAACCAAAAUUUUAUAUUAAAAAUAAAAAACAAACACAUAUUUUUUCUGUUUAUACACCGAAAGAAAUAUAUAAACAAAAAUAAAGGAAAUAAAAUGACUGUAAGUUCUUUUUUUUUUGUUAGUAAUAAAAAGAAAAUACAAAGAAUUUUGAAACAUAC